CGCUCGAAGUGUUGGCUGCGAGCUGGAGAACUGGUACCGUGUUCCCACAGGUGAAGCAUGAAGUUCUGGACGGUGACGUGCGUGCUGGCGGCGCUGGCGGCGGCGUGCAGCAUUAGCGCCGCCAGCGCACCCCGGCGGCCGCCCUCGCUGACCGUCAGCAACGCCAUCCUGCGCUCUCUGGCCCGCUUGCCCAGGGCCGAGGCGGUGCGUCGUUUCCGCAACCUCGUGCUUGGACACCAGCGCAACGCUAUCGAUGACGCCAUCAUCCAGCUGCUCGAAGAGCUCAGGUCCAUCAUCCCCGAGCCCGUAUCCAUUUCUCACGUCGACGUCGAUCUCCAGUCGUCUAUCUUGGAACUGACAGGUGCUUUCGAUAAUGUGACAAUAAAUGGUCUCACGUCGUACGUCAUCAACAGUGUAAACAAUGACCUGGACAACCUGCAGGCCAACUUUUCAGUAGGUAUCCCAGAGAUCAACUUCGCAGGACAGUACAAUCUUGAAGGGUCAGCUGGAAGCAUCGUUGGCCUCUACGGUGAAGGGCCUUUCACAUUGCUGGUGCAGGAUUUCCAGACAUCUGGCACGGUGCACAUUGGCACUGCAGAUGGUUCCAGCAACUCUGCUGUAUCAAUCACGGCAAUGGAAGUACGCUUCUCUGUUGCAGUCUUCCGGGUGAAUUUUGAAAACCUGAAUGGUGGCGGUUUGGUGGGUGAUCUGCUCAACGAGCUCAUCAGCGACCUGGCACCGGAGUUCAUCGCACUGAACCAGGAGCAGCUGGGCGAUGUGGUGGAGCAGAUCGUGCGUGACCUGGUCAACCCCUACCUGGGCACGUGCACACUGCAGGAGCUGCUCGACUACCUGGGCUACGAGGGCCGCAGAACGCCCAGGGCCGACUCCACCUGCAUCCUCUACCAGCUACCCUAGUCACUUCCAUUUUUAUUGUACAUAUGCUAAGAAAGAAUAAACAUUUCAUUUACCAAA